UCAACACUCAAAAAAGUAUUAUUACCCACUUGUGCUUUGCCUUCCACAAGAAACCAAAGCUUCAUUGGCCCAUUAUUCUUUUUUAUUAAAUUUGUAUCUAAAAUAGUGAAUAUUUUAGCAUUGUAGAGAGUAAAGAUUCAGUUCAGAGACAUGACAACUUCAGUUGUCUCUGGAGUGAACUCAGUUACAUGCACAACUUCAACUUCAAGUAUUACUGGUUUCAACAAUUUUAAAAGCAAGAACCCAAAUAUUUUGUUGGGUAGAAGGAAGGUUUUAUUGUUUAAUUGGAGAACAAGAAGUUUAUAUGUAAGCAAUGUUGCUAGUGAUCAAAAGCAGAAGACCAAGGACUCUUCCUCUGAUGAAGGAUUCACAGUAGAUGUUUUUCAGCCAGACUCCACAUCUGUUUUAUCAAGUAUAAAAUAUCAUGCAGAGUUCACGCCAUCAUUCUCUCCUGAGAAGUUUGAACUUCCAAAGACGUACUAUGCAACUGCAGAGAGUGUUCGAGAUACGCUCAUUAUAAAUUGGAAUGCCACAUACGAAUUCUAUGAAAAGAUGAAUGCAAAACAGGCAUAUUACUUGUCUAUGGAGUUCCUUCAGGGAAGAGCUUUACUCAAUGCUAUCGGUAACUUGGGGCUAACAGGACCUUAUGCAGAUGCUUUAGCUAAGCUCGGAUACACUUUAGAAGAUGUAGCCAAACAGGAACCAGAUGCAGCUUUAGGGAAUGGAGGUUUAGGAAGACUUGCUUCUUGCUUUCUGGAUUCAAUGGCGACGCUAAACUACCCUGCAUGGGGUUAUGGACUUAGAUACCGGUAUGGCCUUUUCAAACAGCUUAUUACAAAAGAUGGCCAGGAGGAAGUUGCUGAAAAUUGGCUUGAGAUGGGAAACCCAUGGGAAAUUGUCAGGAAUGAUAUUUCAUAUCCUGUAAAAUUCUAUGGGGAGGUCAUUGAAGGAGCUGAUGGGAGGAAAGAAUGGGUUGGAGGAGAAGAUAUAACUGUUGUUGCCUAUGAUGUCCCAAUACCAGGAUAUAAAACAAAAACAACGAUUAACCUUCGACUGUGGUCAACAAAGCUAGCUGCAGAAGCUUUUGAUCUACAUGCUUUUAAUAAUGGAGACCAUGCCAAAGCAUACGAGGCCCAGAAAAAGGCUGAGAAGAUUUGCUAUAUCUUAUAUCCAGGUGACGAGUCACUUGAGGGAAAGACACUGAGGUUGAAGCAACAAUACACACUAUGUUCGGCUUCUCUUCAGGACAUUAUUGCGCGGUUCGAGAGGAGAUCAGGGAAUAGACUGAACUGGGAUCAGUUCCCUGAAAAAGUUGCAGUACAGAUGAAUGACACUCAUCCAACACUUUGCAUACCGGAACUGUUAAGAACAUUGAUAGAUGUUAAAGGUUUGAGCUGGAAACAGGCUUGGGAAAUUACUCAAAGAACUGUGGCAUACACUAAUCACACUGUUCUACCUGAGGCCCUGGAGAAAUGGAGCUUGACACUCCUUCAGGAAUUGCUUCCUCGGCACGUGGAGAUCAUAAAAAUGAUAGAUGAGGAGCUCAUGCAUACUAUAGUUGCUGAAUAUGGUACUGAAGAUCUUGACUUGUUGCAACAAAAGCUAAACCAAAUGAGGAUUCUGGAUAAUGUUGAAAUAUCGAGUUCUGUUUUGGAGUUGCUUAUAAAAUCCCAGGAAGGCAUAGAACAAGCAGAAGAAAUCAAAGAAGAAGAAGAAGAAGAAGAAGAAGAAGAAGAAGAAGAAGGUAAAGAUGACAGUAAGGAUGAGGAAACUGAGGCUGUAAAAGCAGAAACUACGGACAGAGAGGAGGAAACUGAUGUUGAGAAGGUAGAGGUGGAGGAAGCUCAGGCAAAAAUAAAACGGAUAUUCGGGUCAGCUCCAAAUGGACCACAGAUGGUUCGCAUGGCAAAUCUAUGUGUUGUUAGUGGACAUGCAGUGAAUGGUGUUGCUGAGAUUCAUAGUGAAAUAGUUAAGCAGGAAGUUUUCAAUGAAUUUUACGAGUUAUGGCCAGAGAAAUUCCAAAACAAGACAAAUGGCGUGACACCAAGAAGAUGGCUAAGCUUCUGUAACCCAGAGCUGAGUGAAAUUAUAACAAAGUGGACGGGAUCUGAUGAUUGGUUAGUAAACACUGAAAAAUUGGCUGAGCUUAGAAAGGCAUUUAACUGUCAACAGUUUGCUGAUAAUGAAGAACUCCAGUCAGAGUGGAGGAAGGCAAAAAGAAGCAACAAAAUGAAGAUUGUCUCCCUCAUUAAAGAAAAAACUGAAUACGUGGUCAGUCCUGAUGCAAUGUUUGAUGUGCAGAUCAAACGCAUCCAUGAGUAUAAGAGACAGCUAUUAAAUAUAUUCGGAAUUGUUUAUCGCUAUAAGAAGAUGAAAGAAAUGAGCCUUGAAGAAAGAAAAGAAAAGUUUGUUCCUCGAGUUUGCAUAUUUGGAGGGAAAGCAUUUGCUACAUACGUUCAGGCCAAGAGGAUUGUAAAAUUUAUCACUGAUGUGGGGGCAAUAGUGAACCAUGAUCCUGAAAUUGGUGAUCUUUUGAAGGUUGUCUUUGUCCCUGAUUACAAUGUCAGUGUGGCAGAAAUACUAAUUCCUGGCAGUGAGCUGUCCCAGCAUAUUAGUACUGCUGGUAUGGAGGCUAGUGGAACCAGCAACAUGAAAUUUGCAAUGAAUGGCUGCCUCCUCAUUGGGACGUUAGAUGGUGCCAAUGUUGAAAUAAGAGAGGAAGUUGGAGAAGACAAUUUCUUUCUUUUUGGAGCACAGGCUCAUGAAAUUGCUGGCCUACGUAAGGAAAGAGCCGAGGGAAAGUUUGUCCCGGACCCUAGAUUUGAAGAAGUAAAGGCAUUUGUUAGGACAGGCGUCUUUGGUCCUUACAACUAUGAAGAACUCAUUGGAUCCUUGGAAGGAAACGAAGGCUAUGGCCGUGCUGACUAUUUUCUUGUAGGAAAGGAUUUCCCUGAUUAUAUAGAGUGCCAAGAUAAGGUUGAUGAAGCAUAUCGAGACCAGAAGAAAUGGACCAAAAUGUCGAUAUUAAACACAGCUGGAUCAUCCAAGUUUAGCAGUGAUCGGACAAUUCAUCAAUAUGCAAGAGAUAUAUGGCGGAUUGAACCUGUUGAAUUACCUUAAAAGUUAGCCAGUUAAAGGGUGAAGCCGAUUUUUUCCCUAGGUUCUCCCACACUGUUAUCAACAAAUCUUGCCAAUUCUUGAUCCUCAAAUGUAAUCCUGGUAGAAGAGAGGUUUUGAAUAUUUUUGUCAAUAUAAUACAGCUUAUCCAUUUGAAAGUAA